AUGGAGAGAGAACAACAAAUUGUAGUUAAUUUGUUUAUCAACAAUAAUCGUCUUAUUCACCAACUCAAUCACGAAAAUAAUCAUGCAAGUCACCGCUGCUAUAUUGUCGGUCAUGCAGUUAUUCUUCGUGGUAGACAAAAUGCUCAUCGUAAUUUAUACAAUGAUUAUUUUCUGAUAAUCAUGUGUAUGGUGAAAGAGAGUUUCAUCGUCGAUUUAGAAUGUCAAAAAAGUUACUUCUUCACAUUGUUCAUGUUGUUAAACAACAUGACAACGACUUCAACCAAUGACGUGAUGCAUCUGCUGUCUUUUCAGAUUGGUAUCCCAGGUCACCAACAACAGAAGACGUUUCAAUACUUCUCACCAUCGGCCAGCAACGUGGAUUUCCUGGAAUGUUAG